CUGCGAGAGCAUCUCAUUGUAACUGACUGCAUGAAGAAGGCUUACUUCUUUGUCUCCCUGGUUAUUUAAAAUAUAUAUAGAUAUAUUUUGUUUACACGGCUCAAAUCUUUCCACAGCCCGCCGUGUGCGAUCUGAUACCACAGCGGCUCUAACUUCUUUACUAAAUCUUGGUGAGCCACAGCAGCAUCGACCACAGCUGUUGUCGUGUGACUGUAACAAUUACACUGUGUGCUACCUGAUCCUGGGAGAAAGCAUCAGGAAAUAAGACGAAAAGUGACUGCAUGCGCCGUCAUCUGCAAACACCCUCCCCACUUUGGCUGUGUCUGCCUUUGUAGUUUUAUUAUAGCUGCUUCGUCUGUGCAGGAUUGCUUCAUUAGACGUCCCGUCCACAGAUAUCGAUUAAUACGCAAUUCCGUAUAGAACAAAUCUGGAUGCAGUCAUUGAUUGGAGCUGUAAAGAAAAUGAUUACGUCUGCUUGAACGUCAUAAACAAGGAGUUUCGAAAUCAGGAGUUGUAUUUGUGUCUUCUUUUUUGUAUUGCCUUGGACUUGUUUAAUGGGAAAUGUCAGCGCCAGCAGCUGGGAGAGGAACAAGUCUGGGAAAAGGGCGAGGAAAUGAGAACUAACUGACAGGAUGCAGGCGACCUGAGGCACAAAAAGAAGAGUCGCUGUAACGCUGAGACAAUUCUGCUCCUUUCCUUGCUCGAGCCAAGCAGGGACAAUAUAAAUCAAAGAUCCUGCGGAGUUUAUUUUUCUUGUUUUCCUAUAACACCAUGAGGAUGCAUUGUGGAUUAGUGUUGCACUUUUUAGCUGGGAUCAUCAUAGCCAAAGCUUCAAAAAACGAUAAGUGUGGGGGUAAUAUACACAUAUCAAACCCUGAUUAUCUCACUUCCCCUGGAUACCCAAACUCGUAUUUUCCCUAUCAGAACUGUGUGUGGGUAAUACAGGCUCCAGAACCAUACCACAGGAUUUUGAUCAACUUCAACCCUCAUUUUGAUCUGGAGGACAGGGAAUGCAAGUAUGAUUAUGUAGAGGUCCGGGAUGGGGGUGAUGAGAAUGCCCCACUGGUGGGGAAGCACUGUGGGAAGAUCGCCCCCUCUCCAGUGCUGUCCACAACCUCGUUGCUCUUCAUCAAGUUUGUGUCCGACUAUGAAACACAUGGGGCUGGCUUCUCUAUCCGCUAUGAAGUCUUCAAAACUGGACCUGAAUGUUCCAGAAACUUCACAACAACAAGCGGAGUGAUCAAAUCCCCAGGAUUCCCUGAGAAGUACCCCAACAAUCUGGAUUGCACUUACAUGAUCUUUGCACCCAAGAUGGCAGAGAUCAUUGUUGAGUUUGAAAGCUUUGAGCUGGAGCCUGACACCACCCCUCCCACCGGAGUGUUCUGCCGUUACGAUCGACUGGAAAUCUGGGAUGGCUUCCCUGGAGUUGGUCCCCACGUAGGACGGUUCUGUGGACAGAACACACCUGGUCGAUUCCGAACCUCUACUGGAAUCCUUGCCAUGACCCUGAUGACCGACAAUGCCAUAGCGAAGGAGGGCUUCUCUGCAAACUUCACCGUCAUUGAGAAGACUGUACCAAAAGAUUUCGAUUGUCUGGAACCACUGGGGAUGGAAUCUGGUGAGAUUACCUCAGAUCAGAUCAUGUGCUCCUCCCAGUACAAUGCAAACUGGUCCGCAGAGAAAUCCAGACUGAACUACAUUGAAAACGCAUGGACCCCUGCAGAAGACUCCAGUAAAGAAUGGAUACAGGUGGACCUGGGGUUUCUGCGCUUCGUCUCUGCCAUCGGAACGCAAGGGGCCAUCUCAAAAGUAACGUCAAAAAUUUACUACGUGAAAAGCUACAAAGUGGAUGUGAGCUCCAAUGGGGAAGACUGGAUUACUCUGAAGGAAGGCUCUAAGCAGAAGAUUUUCCAGGGGAACACAAAUCAUGUAGAUGUUGUCAAGACUCCUCUUCCAAAACCCACCCUGACUCGUUUCGUCCGCAUUCGGCCGACAACGUGGGAGAACGGGAUAGCACUGCGUUUCGAGGUGUACGGCUGUAAAAUCUCUGAGUACCCCUGCUCUGGAAUGCUGGGAAUGGUGUCGGGUCUCAUCACAGACAGUCACAUCACAGCCUCCAACUUUGCUGACCGGAACUGGGUCCCCGAGAACGCCCGUCUCCUGACCAGCCGGUCUGGCUGGGUGCUGCAGCCGCAGGCUUUGCCAUACACCAAGGAGUGGCUGCAGAUGGACCUGGCCAAGGAGAAGCUGGUGCGGGGGCUCAUCAUCCAGGGAGGCAAGCACAGGGAGAACAAGGUCUUCAUGAGGAAGUUCAGGAUCGGCUACAGCAACAACGGCUCAGACUGGAAGAUGAUCAUGGAUGCCAUUGGAAAUAAGCCCAAGACAUUUGAAGGUAAUAGCAACUACGACACCCCUGAGCUGAGAACGUUUGAGCCACUGUUGACAAGGUUCAUCCGGGUUUACCCAGAACGGGCUGCAUCCUCGGGGCUGGGACUGAGAAUGGAGCUCCUUGGUUGCGAGAUUGAAGCUCCCACUUCGGUUCCCACCACCACGGCGAUAAGCCUGACGGACGAGUGUGAUGACGACCAGGCAAACUGUCACAGUGGCACAGGUGAUGACUACGACUCGCCAGGUGGUGGAGCUGUGCAGAUCACAGAUGAGCCGACAGGUGGGGAUACCUCAGAACUUCCAGACACGAACAUUCAUUGGUUCAAUUGUGACUUUGGCUGGGGUGCAGACCAGCCUAUGUGUGGCUGGCAGCAGGAAGGGGAGUGGAGGCUGCAGUCAAGUGGGAAACCAACCAGUAACACUGGGCCAAAUCAGGACCAUACAGGAGACGGUGGUAACUUCAUCUCCGCUCUGGCGAAUGGGAAGCCGGAGAAUGAAGUGGCACGGCUGCUGAGCCCCACCGUGCUUCCCCAGAGCUCCGAUCUCUGCAUGUCCUUCUGGUAUCACAUGUUCGGCUCUCACAUCGGCCGCCUGAGGGUCAAACAGAGGCAGCAAACCGCAGAAGGCCCCGUGGAAAUCAUUCUGUGGACCGUCAGCGGGCAUCAGGGCAGCCGCUGGCGAGAGGGCCGGCUCGUGAUUCCUCAGAGCCCAUACACAUAUCAGGUUGUGAUGGAAGCAGUAAUUGAAAACAGCAGCUGGGGAGACAUCGCGCUGGAUGAUGUGAACAUAUUGGAUGACAUGCAUAUGGGAGAUUGCAGGGAUCCAGAAAUUCCAACAGAAUAUCCAGACACUGGAAACUCCAUUGAUGAUAUUGACCUUACACCAGAGUAUGAGUAUCCUGACAACAGCAGUGAAAAUGAAGAGAUCCAAGGGAAUAUGCUAAAAACCCUGGACCCCAUUCUCAUUACUAUCAUCACCAUGAGCGCUCUAGGGGUCUUUCUCGGGGCCAUCUGCGGAGUCGUCCUUUACUGUGCCUGUUCCCAUGGCGGAAUGGCAGAAAGGAACUUGUCAGCUUUGGAGAACUAUAAUUUUGAACUUGUAGAUGGAGUCAAACUCAAAAAAGACAAACUUAACUCACAGAAUUCAUAUUCAGAGGCAUGAGAGAAGACAUGGAGACAAAUGAGCCCCAGGAUUUAAACAAGGCGGAUGGGAACUGCUUUUAACUUUCGAGAAGAAAGAGGAUUGUAGGGACUGCGACUGAGCCAAGCUUUUCUCAGGAGCUGCAGUGAAAGAAGCCUACAAAACAGGGACACUGUGUAUAGAAAUGAAAGAUGUACAGCCAGAUUAUUAUUAAUAUUAUUGUUAUUUGUAUUAAUUUUUUCAUUUUCAUUUUUAAUAAUCAUAUGCUGGUGUUGAGACCAAUUAAGACAAUGUUACAAGUAUUUAUCAUUUUCUUGAAGGAGAUGUUUUAUUUUAUAUAUAUAUUUAUUUUAAUUAAAAAAUGUAAAAUACCAAAAUGAACCAUCCUGACAAAUAUGUAGUAUUAUACUUCCGAGGGACAUACAGCACAGUAAUGUACAAUGCAGUACAACCCCAGGUCACUGUCUCUGACAAGGGUCUGACUGAUGUAUAGUUCCUGCAGGGCCUUUAUUACAUGCUUGUUGGUUUCUGUAGUUUAUUUUGGAGUUUUACAUCCCUUUUCAAUUAAAACCAAUUUGCUAGCGAAAUAAGAAUUGUGUGGUUGAGGCAGAACCAAAGCGACUGCUUCCCUAAGGUUUUGACACGACUCACGUAUUGUAUAUGAGUUUAAUAUAUUUUUUUGCCCUUUUUAAAAAAAGCUGCAGUAUCCCUUUCUUUGGUUUUGUGUGUAUAGUGUGAAAUACAACCAGACAAGUGCUUUGCUGACAAUCUCCUGUAAUGUGAUCAGUGGUCUAGCUAGGGUGGGGGAGGGGGAGGGACGCUGUGCAUCUCUCUUUGCUCCAGUCCAAGCCUGGUUUCUUGCAGCCCUGUUAUUAAAGGCGUGCAGACUUAUAUCACUUCCCUGAAACCUUUGAAGCAUGCAUCCUCUUUCACAGCAACGUCUUCACCCCAUACAGGGUGAAGCAUCUUUGAAGGCAUUGGCUCAGAGACAAAGCAGAGCAAAAAAGCAGUGCCCUCGCACCUUCCCAACAAGUACCAUGGAUCCAAUCUACAAAUCACAACGCCAAGCAAAUGGGGCUUUGGUUUCAGGUUUUACAUGAAGGACGGCCUCGACCACAGCACAGCAUGCGCACAUGAUCCAGUCCAGCUGGAUCAAGAAAGGCAUGCUAAAGGUUAAAAAGGGCUAUGCAUUUCCAUGACAUCCAGCAGGAUAACAAAAUGUAAAGACGCUUCGGUUAAGUAAGUGUGCAGUGCACGCUACACGAUGUAACCACACAGGUCACACGGAGCCCUUGUGUGUCAGAUGGGUGCCAUUGUUAAAUAGAUGCUAAUGCAUUUGGUUGUAUUUUCAGUGGUAAAAAUGGUGAGAAAUGUGUGGGUGCUUUGCUUGGGGAAAACAGGCAUGUAUGUGAUUUAAAAAUAUGACCACAUUAAAACUUUAGCAGCAAACACAUUAGUAAACGCUUUUUUUUUUUUUAGCAGUAAAGGCAAAACUGGUUUCAAACUAGCUCUCAUAAUAGGACAUCCAUAGCUGUGAAGGUAAUAUAAAUAAGAAAGGUUUUGAACUGUGAAGCACAGUUCUGCACGUUUCAUGUUUUAUUUUCUGUUGAAAAGAUACAGUAUACUGCAAUACAGCUGGCUCAUGUUUUUUUUUAAAUGUUUCUCUCAUGUGAAAUGUAGAAAUACACAAAGGAUACUGUAGCUUUAGAUAAAUAAAAAAAAACAAUCUUGCACUGAUAAAUAUAUUUAAGAAGUUUAUGUGUUUAUAAGGUUAUUGAUUUGUAAAAACAGUGUUACACAAUUCUUUUUACAUGGUUUCAGAUUAUGUGACAUAAUUUUGAAAUGUAAAAUAAAUAAGAUGUUUUCAUUAUUGAAAAAAAGGUAUACAAAUUUCCUAUAGUAACAUGUUUCCAUUUAACUAGUACAUUAUUGCUUUACGUUUUGUACUGUCAUAAAACUGCAGAUUUUUUUAUCAAAACUUUAUUUUCAAUACUGCUUCUGUAAGUUGCUGUUGUAGAGAAGAACAGCAAGGCCUUAACUUUAUCUAAUGUUUGUACUCUUACACAUGGGACAGCCUUGAAAUCACAUGUAGCUGUUGUUAUCAUUUACGCUGAACUAUGACUACUACAUUCCAAAGAUUCCGCUGAAAUAAAUGUUUUGUUAAGAA